GCAUUAGUGUUUGACAAAACCAUUGAUUCCUAUAAAUGGAUUCUCAGAUAUACUAAAAAAGCUAUAAGAGCAGAACCGUUAGUCUUUGUAACAGAUGCUAAUCCAGUGAUAGACAUGGAAGGAUAUAACAAUAUUAUUAAAUGUGAAUUACAUAGUAACAGCAGUUUAUAUAAUUUAGUAAAAACCUUGGAUUCCAGACUUGAAAAAGAGGCAGAAUGGAAUCGUUUUUUUGAAUAUCAGACGUUAUCUUUGUGUAUUAGACUCAUUUUAGUUGGAACUGAAGAAACAUUUUUAGAACGUAAUAAGGAAAAUAAAGCUCUGAUUAAUGAAAUAGAUAAUAAUAUAAACCAAGCUAUGUUAACAGUUGCUAAUCUACUAGUAACAAAACAUAAAAGCAGACCUAAAACUAAAAGAUACAAAGCUGCAAUAGAGAAAACACACUAG